AUGGAACCCUGCAUUAGGACACUGGAGAUUGUUGUCUGCUCUAUCAUCGCAUGCAGCGUGAUUGGAAAUCCAUUGCUGAUUUACUUGACAAAGAGAUGCAUCCAUGAUAAAUCACGAAUCCCACUGAUACUUAUAGUCAACCUUGCGCUUGUCCAUCUUCUAUAUAACCUGGUGGUGAAUGUCUUGAAGAUUGUUUAUGCAUCUGGCAUCAUGUUGGAUUCAAAUAGGUGCAAAGUUCUUGCGUUCUUCACGAAUUUUACUACUACUCUUGCUAUAUGGUUCACCUUAUACAUUGUUGUGUUCUACAGUGGGAAAUUGUGUCGCCUGGUGCAUCAUCCAGAUGAAGCUACAACUACAGAGUGUUGCAGAUGUCACUUGUUUAUAGUUGGUGUACUUUGGAUUGCCGCUUUUGCAUUUUGUUGCCCAUUUUCACUUUACAUGGGGAAAAAUAAUGACAGGUAUAUGAAAAAUGAAUCAACAGGCAGUUUCAUCUAUACUAAAUGUAAGACUGAAUAAAAUUACCAAGUAGAGUUUUUCUAUGGAAAAUUAUUUCUGGUGGCUAUUGAUCUUCUUCCACUUCUAACUAUGCUGUUUGUUGGAUUCCGAAUAAUACAACUUCUUUGUGAAUAUAAGAAAGCAGCAUGUGGAUGCAUAUGGGUUGGGCAUGAUGCUAGUGAAACUGAAGUUCUUAGAGCAUGUAAAUUUCUUCUGUUAUUAAUACCAGUUAUUAUUUCACUUUGGAUUUCUAAUUUGAUCCUAAUUAGGUACCUGAAGAAUUUUAAAUUUAAAUACUUUGCGCCACCUGUGAUGACAGUUCUAUCUUCAGGAUAUUCAGCUGUCAGCCCUUAUUUCCUCAUGUUGAUUAACUACAAAGUAAUAGUAAAAGUGAAGUGUUUCUUUAAGGCUGAGACUAAAACAGUUUCUUUAUCGACUAUAUCUUCUUCCGUAGAUGUUUCUCCAUAUGCCUAG